UGAUUUUUUAAAAGUGAAAUGCAUAUCUGAUUUUUAAUAUAACAAGUUACAGAUACUUUCGCCUGCUUUCGCUUUCUUUUUUGUCCACAUGAAGCAGGCAGGUUGGGCAGGUCAGGUGGUCGGAAGGCUGGAGCGGCGGGAACAUAAUCAAAGACACUAGAGACAAAGCCAAACAAAGCGCGCAUCAGCGGAAGCUAUGCCAAGGUGUUCUGUGGCCAUGCUAUUGCGCUACCGCGCCGGGUACAGUCACUGUACGCCGGGUGCGCUGGCACGCUUGCAUGACGGGCAAUGUGCUAACAGGGAGAGCGGCAGAGGCACGCACUGAGUAACUAAUUUUCACCCGACGUGAGUUUAUUCGUGAUAUUCGUGAAAUUUUAGUGAUUUUACUUUGGUAGAACUUUUGGAACUGGGGCUUUAAUUGUCAGCAUUGUUUUUCUGCGCCCUUUUUGUGCGAUUGGUUACUGCAGUUACGCAUGUUUCCGUGCUGAAAAGACGGGGACCGGGAGUACUAGCAUUUUGCGUGACACUGCUAGUUGCGCACACGCUCGGUUCAUUCGUUUCACUUAGUGUUUUUCAUGGAGGGCCUUAGAGCCCCACGUUCACACUCGGAUACCUGUUGCAUGCAGAGUGCACCUGUGCAUGCGAACUCCAGAUGUAACUCGGGAACUUCAUCCGUCCAAGAAUCGGAUAAGUGCAGGCCUGAAACUUGGCAGCAGUCGUCUGGCAGCUGUAAUGGCAGGCAUGUGUCGUUCGCGAAAGAGCCGAUCUUGGAACCAAAUGCGCAUUGUCGCCGAACAUCGCAUUCUAUUGACGAUCUCGGCGAUCUCCAAACAGCGCGCGAAGCCGAAAAGAAAAGCCUCUUGCAGCAGCAGCAGCCCCGUCAGAAGUUUGAAACAGUCGCCGAUAUGACUAAUCGGUUUGUCCAGUACUUCACAACACUGCAUUUGGAACGCGAGUGCACAGCCGGUGUGUACAUAUGCACUGUUUGCCUGUCAGCCCAAAGAACUCUUGCCCGAAUCCGGGAGGCGGUCAGGAAGGAUCCACAAGGUCGUCGUGUAGCUCUGAACAAUGGCAAGUUCAUGAAACUUUUGGUGAAACUCUGUAAACUCGAAUCGCCUGGGCCACCGAGUAUCUGCACCGUCACUGACAUAAAAAUGACAAACUUCUAUGAAACGCAGGCAUACCGUAAGCUUGCGGGCACAGUAAGCAUAUUGGAAGAUGAGCAGAGUGAGGAGCUGUGGAAAUGUAUCCUUGGCAAGGCAGUGAAGGGUAUUAGACCACUUACUUACACUAUCAGUUUCCAAAGUGCCCGUAUACCUGGUGGUAGCUCUUGCAUGUGGGACAAGGACUGUUACCAGGAACCACCACAAGGUAUGCUCAUAGGCCAACCCAAAGCUGUGCGUAAGGUGAAUCCGUUCCCUGUGUCCGACCUUAAGACUUUAGAUGUGAUUCGGUGUGUAGAUGCUCGGCGUUUAAUUGUCUACCGUAGUGCCAAUGGCAAAGCAAGUGUAGACACCUUGAACUUGUUGCUGGCCGAGUUUCACCAAGACUUGACUAGCGCACCUCGAGAAGAUCCUCCAAACGUUGGGGACAUUGUCGGCCUGUUUGCAUCCAGUGAUCGUUUGCUGAGAAUGCUUGUUGUCGAAGUGACUGAAGACAUGGCUGUGGUAUGGUCCAUGGAUGAAGGUCAUUUUUGCAAGCUUCGUUGGAGCAGCCUGAUUGAUGUGUUGCCGUCAUUCAGAUGCUUGCCACCAGCAGUUGGCCUGGGUGUCCUCCCAGGUGUGCAUGCAGUACCAUCCCUGAAACUUUUGAGAGAAUGUGUGAGGACUUUUCAGACUGUGACAGACCACAGUGGCCAGGAAGCAUCCUUCCAUGUUGCCAUGGUGACAAGGAUGAAGGACUAUGGGGUGAUUGAAGUUCUCUCAGGCCUUCUCCACUGCCCAGACUAUGACACAAGGAUGGCCACUGCAACUUUUCUCACUCGGCUGUGCUGCCGGCAGAUGGGACGCCAGGCUGUUUCAAAGGCAGGCUGUGUAGACAAAGUGCUAGGGCGCCUGAGGAAGCUGGUGGCUAUACAACGACAACAAAGCAGCUAUCAUAUGAGAACUGAGGAAAAGCUUAUUUUGGUGAACCUUUUGCAGUCCAUGUUCUUCCGCAAUGAGGAGCUUUGCCUUGACUAUGCCGACUCGGACCAUAUUAUGAUCCUCGGCAAGAUUCAUCAAAGUUCAUCACCAACCUGCCAGCUCUACCAAGAAGUUGACUAUUGUCUGCGCACAUUGCUUGGUCCUGCCUAUAAUAGAUGCAGACUCCCUGCUCAAGUUAAGCAGGUUGCCAUGACUCCUGAAAAGUUGAAAAAUGAAAACCUUUCAGAUGAACCAAGCAUGGCACUGCAGCAUUACAAUGAAAAGAAUGCUGCAGGCCGCUUCUACUGGCGUGACAGCCUGGUGCCCUUUCGCUCAGACCAGACCCACGAACUGCGACCAGUACGCAACAUGCGAAUGGCAUCGACCCGCACGCUGUCAAAGGUGGCCUGCUCAUUCUUGAACUCUUGGCAGCCAUGUACCGUGUACUAUGGCAUCUCUCGUGAGGGCUUGGUGCGGGGUGUCAUGCUGAAUCACAGGGAGCGUGAUGCCCUGCGCCAGGGUGUUGAUAUGAUGGUGGGUGGUCUGCGACCUCGUCUGAUGCCACAGAGCAUUGCCAUUGAGUUUGUGCCGGUGUUGCGCACUUCCAAGGAUUCACGUGAGACAGUCUCUUGCUUUGUUGUGGAAGUGAUGGUGCGAGGUGCUCCUGACACGGUUUACACUACUUCAGACGGUGACUGCUACUUGCGAGCUGGCGACAUGUCCUACCAGGCCACCACGCAGGAUGUGCGGGCUUGGAUUGUUCAGCAGGAGGAGGUCCGCUACCUGCAAGCACCCAACACUACUGCUCCACUGGGUCCUCUUCCCACUGAUCUAAGCCAGCCAUCACUCCACCCCUGGCACAGAGUUGUGUACUGAGCAAGUCACUUUUUUGUCACAUAGAAAGUGAACCUUCCGUAAAGGAAAUUCUAUUUCUUUGCCAAGUUAUAAGUUUCGGUAGCCAAGCAUAGGCGCUAUCCCCCGUACUGCAUUUUGGGGUUUAUCACUGUAUUUUCUUGUCAGUACUCUCAUUCACAUCUCCUUUAUCCAUUUCAUUUGUAAGAUCCAGUGUGUUAAUAUGCAGAGCAUCUGCAAGUGUAUUCAAGAAAUACUUAUUUAUUUUCUUAUAGUUUCUGAGCUCAUUUUCUUUCUCGUUUUUUUGUGUAAGCUCCUUCAUUGAGGUUGAGAAUUUGCACUCUAUUACAAGAGCCAUGAAAAUAGGCUUAAAAAGCUGCAUUAUUAAUGUCUGAAAUGACUUCUUGCAUACCUAAUGUGUGCUAUAAAAGGAACAUAAUUUUCUCUGACAAAAGAAAGAAUAGUAUGCUUAUUUUUGACAAGUUAUGUAAUGCGUUAAAAAGAUGUCAGCAAGACUUUUUACCUUGUCGUCUACUAAAAGAAGACUAUAAAUUGGCGGCUCUGCUAUACUUUUACUGCAUGCAGCUAUGCAGGGCAUGCAGCUGCUGGAAAAUUGACCGUCCUUGUUAGAAAGUGUCUCUUUAUGAACAGUGUCCCUGCUAUGUACUUGUUAAACAAAACGUUUGGUGACCGAGCAUGAGUGCUUAGCUUAUGUAAAGGUGGCACAGGUGCUCUUGCAGUUUUUAUGUUUAUUCUGGGUUGACUAGAAUUAAUGACAAAUGCGCAACUGAGGAAAAAAAUAUCGCUUAGAAUUCAUGACGAUGUAUAGCAUUUAUUGUCUUGCGUAAACCUAAAUUUGUACGGUUUGUUUGGAUAUUCUUGCUGUGUGAUCAGAUGAAUACGUACAGUAUGCAUUUAUUGUGUGACAAUUUUAAAUGGGGCUGUCUCAACACUUCAGUCAUAUUACCAUAGUUUUGAUAAAGGUACACGUGCUAGUCAAUUUUUAGAGUUCACAAAUCUCUCGCGAGAUGCAGGAACGUUCAUUUUUCUUAAUGCCCUGCAAAUAUAUAUUUGCUUACAGGCGUUUGGGAUGCUCUGAACUCUCUUACACUACCUAAAACCCUUAUUUUAGUUUGAGAUAGUAUUGCCCAUUGGUUCAGCGCUGGUCCUAAUGUACUUUGUGCUUUGACAGAAUGUUGCCUUGUUUUAAUGCUCUCAAUGUCAUGUGGCUCACAUCUUUGCUUUUAUCAGCUGGUUUGACUGCAAAAUGCUUGUGAUCUUCCAUAUUUUAACUUUGCUGCAAAGCUACCAUAAAGCAGCAUCAAUUUUUGACAAAAUGCUGUUUUUCUAUAAAUGCAUUGCACAUG